AUGACGACGGAAAAUGGAGCUCCGCGCGUGAAAACAGAAAAAGAAUUGAAGAAAGAGGCCGAAAAAGCUGCUAAACUCGCCAAAUUCGAGGAAAAGCAGAAAAAACUUGCCGAACAAAAGGCAGCGGCUGUUUCCAAGCCAGCCAAGGAGGUAAGGUAAUCGUUAUAAUUCAUGAAAUUCAUCUCGAAAAAAGGAUUUAUCAAGUAGGACUUUUUGAAUUUCAAGGUCAAGGCCAAGAAGGAAGCGUCGGCGGCCGUCAAAGAUCCUGUUGAUAAUACCAAGUUUGGAGAGAAAAAAGGUUAUUUUCUUGAAGAAAAAGGUAAAUGUUUAUUUCUCAGAUAUAUCCGGAGAAAUUCCAACGGCCUACAGUCCGAGUUACGUCGAGUCGGCUUGGUACGCAUGGUGGGAAAAGCAGGGAUUUUUCAAGCCUGAGUACAUGUUAGUUGCUUUUUGAAUAAUGUUUAGUAUAUUCGGAAAAAAAGCGGUUUUUUUGUGGGUGUGAGAACUUUCUGUGUAAAAGUUGCAGAUUAUUGAAUUUUAGUAUUGAAAAAAAUUUGGUUUUUUUGGUUUUUUUCAGUUAUAGAUAUAUCUAUUCAUUGUAUUUGGGUUUGAAUUCUUCGAAAAAAAAUAAUAAAAAGCCGAAAGUUUACUUUAAGAACGUUUUACGCGGUACUGACAUGAAAAGAUGCUGGAAAAGAGCAAAAUGGAUCUUUUGAGAUUGUAAAAAGAGAGCUCAAAAGACUUAACCAUCAGUUUAGGAGUUUUUUUGCAAAAACUUUUCCUUCAGCUCUUUUCUUUUUUGUCCGCGGGUUUAAUACAGGCUGCGAAAACUUCAGAUAACUUUCAGAGAAAAGUUGAACGGCGGGUCGGAAGGCCAUUUCACGAUUUGCAUCCCUCCUCCCAACGUUACCGGAACAUUGCAUGUCGGUCACGCCUUGGCCACCACCAUUGAAGAUACCCUCAUCCGAUGGUUCUUUUUAUUUUAUACCAUGGAAAAUAUUUUAAAAGGUUCUAAUAGUGUUGCGUCUAUUGAUUCUUUGUUGCGCGGUUUUUUUUUUGCAAAUUCCUGUCUUUUUUUGGACUGUUUUGUUCAGGAUGACCAAGAGGAUCUUGGAACAUUGUUUUUUCGAAAGUUUUUGCAGAACACUUUUUGGAGAAAAUUCUUUAAAUAACAUCUUCAAACAAACUUCCGGUUUUAAAAACAGUAAAUCCAAGAAAAUAAGGUUAAAGCAACUUAAGAAAGGAUACGAAAAAAGAUACGAAAAUAAAAUUUUUGCUCACAACUUCCUCGUAUAUGGGCUAUCUUUUCAAAACGAUAUAGAGCUCCAUUUUUUUUCUUCGAGCUGAAGUUCCCCCAGAGUGUUACAAAUAACAGUCAUCACACCUCCAGAAGGUUUCAGGAAGAUCAAACUACAUACAAGAAAGUUAUGAUAAAAAAAAGCGUUUUUCGUAUCUUCUUUGACAGAAGUUUAAUGGGAUUCUUUAGUCGGAAUUUGAAGAGAUAAGCUUUUCAUCAGUGAAAAUCCUUUAACUUUUUCCAAGCCUCCUUUUUUUAUAUCCUAUAUUUUUUUGUGUUUUAAAAAGUUUUCCUGGAGCCUCGCCUGCUUGAAAAAACCAUGAGUUUGGCAAGCAAUUUUCAAAGUUUUUUCGUUGAAGGAAUCGCAUGCGCGGCAAGGUGACUUUGUAUAAUCCAGGAUGCGAUCAUGCAGGUAUCGCCACUCAGGUAAAAAUGUGAUCCAAAUAUUUCCAACGAUUUUCGCUUCAAUAUCCAGGUGGUCGUCGAGAAGCGAUUGAAAAGAGAGAAAAAUUUGACACGGCACGAUCUCGGCCGUGAUCGCUUUAUUCAAGAAGUUUGGCAUUGGAAAAACGAGUUGGUUUCUUUAUUUUCAGAUUUUUUUUUACAGUUUUUUAUUGAUUUGUAGAUUUUGAAUCCUGAAACUUACAGAAAAGGAGACGUGAUCAACGACCAGUUCCGGAAAUUGGGCGCCUCUGUCGAUUGGGACCGUUCUGUGUUCAUGAUGGACCCCAAGGUGCUCCACAUUUUCUCAAUUUUUGAAUAAUAUUCGUCACAUUCAUUAAGAAGCCAAAAUUCUCUCGUAAAUUCAGUUGGGUAUUUGUAUUUUGAGAGCUUUUUUGAUUUUUGCGAAUAUUUCAGGCUAAUUCGAAACGCUAGAAAGUUAAAGCAGUGAGAGAAAAGCCUAGGAAAAGCUGCAAGAAGAAUUUUUAACCAUUUUCAAAUUCGCUAGAAUUCUAAAGACUUAAAAAAGGGUGCAAAAUUGAAGAGGCAGCAAAUUUAAUGCAUAAUUUGAUGUGAUUUUUAGAUUUUUCUUUUCAACUCAGGUGGGUUUAUAGAGCUUUUUGACUAGGAUUAUAAUUCUUGUGAGGUUUUGGGGGAAUCUAUUUUUAUAAACCAAAAAAAUCAAGGAAGUUUUGUAGAAGGUAAUAAAUGGACAUAGAAGAAAUGAAGAAAGAUGUAAAAGUUUGAAAAAACCCGUAGAUUGUUAGAAGGGAGGAGUCUUAUCCCACAGAAAGUACAAAAGACCUCAAAAAGGCUUUUAAAAUAAUUUAAAGCUCAUUUUUGAAUCCCUAAAAAGGUGUCAAAAGUUUCAGAGAUCCUCCUUUUUUCCACCUUCUUUUUUACACCUCUUUAAAAGGUCCUUCUCGAAAAAAGAUCUAAAAAAGACGCCUUUGAGCCCUUUUUUUCCAAAAUUCCUCUUUGAAACCUUUUGGACUUUGCCCGUGAAGGCGGCAUAUUUAUGAGAAACAUGUUGAAAAGUGUCUUUUGAAGAUGACCCGAGCUGUGACGGAAGCUUUCAUCAGAAUGCACGAAUCCGGGACCAUUUACCGUUCGAAUCGCCUCGUCAACUGGAGUUGUGCCCUUCGAAGCGCGAUUUCUGAUAUUGAAGUGAUAAAUAGAAAUAAUUCAACGUUCAAUUUUGAUUCUUAGGUCGACAAAAAAGAGCUCACUGGCGCCACAAUGCUCUCCGUUCCCGGAUACGAGAACAAAAUCGAAUUCGGAGUUUUGCUCUCGUUCGCCUACAAAAUCGCGGGAAGCGGUGAGAUUCAUCAAACAAAAGGACGACUUUCUUUUUAUUGAAAAUGAAUCGAUUAAUAAAAAAACUAUGAGUUUCACGGCUAGGAAUACUAGCGACUUUUCUUCGCCAUUGAUAUCAUCAUUGGGUAGAUUAAAUGAUUGUAUAAAUAUACCGGGUGGUGAAUAAUUUUCUAUGUUUAAACUCUCCACUUACGUGGACAUAAUUAAAGAGCUUCCGUUGGCGUAAUGAAAAACUGACGUCAACAAUACUUUUUGAUGAAAUUCCAAAUCAGAAUAAGUUUUUGGUAGAAAAUGUCACACUUGCAGUUUUGUCUAGCACUUCAUCAACGCCCUAAUUGAAGAAAUGAUUCAGACGAAGAAAUUGUGGUUUCGACGACACGUAUUGAGACGAUGCUAGGAGAUUCGGCGAUCGCCGUCCAUCCCGAUGAUAGCCGUUACAAGCAUUUGGUUGGAAAGGUAUAACGAACCUCAGAUAUUUUCUUGGUUAUACUGAAAACGUCCGCUAACAAGAGAAAGGCUUGGAGCAGCGUACAAGGGCGGCGAAGGUACAGCGUGGCGACUCCACAUGCGCCUUUAAUAAGAUCCUCAUUUUAUCAAUUAUUUCUGUUUCCUUUACUUAAUUUGAUACUUUGAUCUUCCAGGUUUUCUAUUACUUGACGAAGUGCUAAAGAAAAAGAAAUUAGUCAAUAGUGGGGCUCUUAUUAAAGGCGUAUGAGGAGUCCCCGCAUCUACCUUCGCCGCGCAAAUUGAACCGCUUUUUUGCUUUCCCAAGCCACUUUUGAAAUAUAAGUGCUAGCAUUACCCCGAAUUUGGAAGGAUUUGAAUGACACAUGCGCACGGUAUCUAAAGAUACGCCAGAGAAGUGAAAAACUUUUUUUUUCUCUGAAGUCUCUUCAAGCCGCCACUUUCUCUCGUUGUUAACUUAUCAGAACUUUCUCAGUGACAAUCAGAGCUCUUUCCUUCGAAUUAGGCGUCAGGAAAGGCUUAGUAAAAUUUUAUUUCUGUUGUUCUUCAAGAUCCGAUUAUUUUGGUUUGUUUCGAGCUGAAAAAUAUACUUUAUUCAUUGCCAGCUUGGAUUAUUGAUUGAAAGAUGAGUGAGUUUUUCUUCCUCAAAAAAGUAUUAGAAAAAUUCCGUGCAACCAUGUUUUCCACACCUGCUUCGUUCAGAAAUGCGUGCAUCCUUUCGUGACGGACCGCGAGUUGCCGAUCAUCGCCGACAGCUUCGUCGAGCAGAGUUUCGGAACAGGCGCCGUGAAAAUCACUCCCGCCCACGAUCACAAUGACUACGAAGUGGGAAAUUCAGCAGAAACUCGCGUCGAAUCCACUUUUUUGAGGUCGGACUUCGACAGAAGUUGCCUUUCCACACUUGCAUCAGCGACGAAGGCUUCAUCGCCGAAGGCUGUGGCAAGUUCUCUGGAAUGAAACGAUUUGAAGCCAGGUUUCUUGGAUCCGAAGUAUUUCUUUUGAUGUCAUUUUUUCAGAAUUGCCGUGACAGAAGCCUUGAAAGAACUUGGUCUGUUCCGCGGGAAAGAAGACAAUCCGAUGGUGGUCCCAACUUGCAGGUAAAACAUGUUUGAAUUUUUGAAAGUCUUUGAAACGAUUGAAAUUUUCCUUAAGACCUAGAAAUAUCCAGCGAAAUUUUUUGGGCAAUUAUUGAUCCUGAAUUUUUGAGAAAAGGUCAUUUUUUCAAUUUAUUUGAAGAGUUAAGAGUUUUGUAUCAGUUUGAGCAGUGAAUAGGCAGUUGAAAAACUGAAAAAUAUACGUUUUUCUCAAAAUUUUAACUUUAUCGAAGGGAUCUGAUGCUAAAACAGCGUAUAGAGUAGAAAGGAAGUUUUUAAAAUUCCUUUUUUUCAGUCGAGAAUAAAUUUUGGUUCGAAAUUUGUGAAAAAGAACCGUGGUAUGCGUUAAUAUCCUUGAAACUUUUUUGUUCUACAUUUUAAUAAUGAAAAUCACGAUAAAACAUCGACGUGAAAGGGUACUGUAGCCUCGGGGGCGGAGUUAGCUUCCUGAGAUUCGGGAUCUGAGAAAAAUGUUCUUAUUUUGUUAGUUGCCAUGACUUUUAUUUUUCCAAAAGGUUCUUUCAAAGAAAAUUUUUGACGAUAUCUGAACGUUAGCUACAUGAGAAAUAUCACUAUUCAACUUUACUAGAGGAGGGGCUGGUUUACGGAAGUCUAUCAAAUUAACGAGUAAAAUUUAGUUUGGAGCCCAGGUGGUAGUUCUUCGUUCCAUUUUAUUUAUUGAGACAUCAGAGAAAUCAAAAAGGUUUUGCUGAAUCAUGGUAGAUAGUAGGGUUACCAAGAAUGGAAACAAGCUUUUAGCUUCAGAAGCUAUUACUGAAUUUAACUUAAGACGACUUGGAAGAAAGGGGGGGGGGGCGGCUUUUUGAAAAUGAUCUGCCCUUGUAUAGUUCGUUUUUCGCGACUUGAAAGGGCCGGACUUCUCUGCGCCAUCCUCGUCUCUCGACGGCCCUCUCAUGUAUACGUGAUGUUUCCAUGUUUCUCUGACCUCGCCAAAUUUGUCAAGCCGCGAAAAACGGAAUAAAUUAAGAGUUACAAUGCCUUUGCAGUCGUUCGAAAGACGUCAUCGAGCCGAUUCUGAAGCCUCAAUGGUACGUGAAGUGCACGCACAUGGCCGAAAAGGCGAUGAAGGCGGUGACUGACGGAGAGCUCAAAAUCGUCCCCGAGUACCACAUCGCCACCUGGAACCGUUGGCUCGAGUCCAGUCGGUCAGUUCCCACCUGAACUUGCUCAUUUGACUCACCAAAUUGUAGGGAUUGGUGCAUUUCGAGACAGCUCUGGUGGGGACACCGUAUUCCGGCCUACCACGUCAGCUUCACCGAUGGAAGGGUUUGUUUUGCUUUUCAUUAUGAAUCCUUUGAUGAGAGAGACAAGAAGCUAAAAACCAGGAGGCCAUGGAAAUUUCUUCAAUGAGCCUUCUGAGUUCUUGACAUCAUCAGUUUCGGGAGAAUGUUGCACUUUUAUGUCUUUACCUUCGAAAAAUACAAAAUGUGCACCUGGAAGGAUGGUUGUAUUUCAUUGAAUCAAAUUUUAAAAAAUGGUCAUGUUAUUCUGUGGCUGAAACUGAAAGGUGAUUGACCAUCAGCGCUCAUUAAAUUAGAACUAACUAGGAAACUACUCGGACUCGGGUACGGGUUUCAAGUUGAAACUUUAGUGGUUUAUAGACCCACGUCAUAACACUUGAAAACAAGAGAGAAUAUCUGCUAAACCCGAUAGAGAACUGAGAAAAAAAUAGUAGAAAAUGUGAGAAUUAGGUUUGAAAAUUUUCAGAACACUGCUUUAUACCUUAUUUUAUAUUUUAAUACAAUCGCCUUGAAUGAUCCGGCUAUGAUAAACUCUGAAAAACUUUUUUCCAGCCAAAAAAAGGAGGAACGCAGAAACUUGAUAAUUUUCAAGCCUAAACUGUUCAUUUUCAAAAAGCUUUUUCUCAGAAGCCUAUGGGGUUUAGCAGAUGAUCUCUCUUGUUUUCAAGUCUCUUAACCGGGUCUAUAAACCACUAAAGUUUGAACUUGAAACCCGAGUCCGAGCAGUUCCCUAGUAAAAAGUAGGUUUUGUUUCGUCGUUCAGGUUUCUCAGUGCUCAAUUAUUAAAAAACUGAAUAUAUUCACCUUUUCCAUUUUUGAAUUUUCUGUUCAAAUGAAACCACCUCUCACAACUUGAUUAUCCUGACAUUUCAUUCACUUCCAGUAUAGCAAAAAGAAGGUCGAUGAGCCUUUUUUUUUUGAAAUGAGCCUGUUACGAUCAUAUCAUCUUCUCAAGCUAAUGUUAAAUAGCUCUUACUCAUCCUCAGUCCAAAACAAAGUCGGAUCAAUAUUGAAACUCCAAAACAUCUCAGGAGCACUUUUGACACUUUCAGAAGCAACCUUCCGGUGACACCGACGAAAACUACUGGGUUUCGGCGCACAGUGAGGCCGAGGCUCGCGCCAUAGCCGCCAAGAAGUUUUCGGUCGACGAGAAUUUGAUCCGUCUGAAAUGGGGUGUGCAUUAGGAUAAUAGCUGAAAGAGCUUUUCAAUAAUCUCAAUUAAAAAAAAAACUAACCAAAUGGAAGCCUUUGUGCUUUUUUUUUGAAUCUUCAAGAUUUCUGUACAUCUUUUUAAAGCUUUAUCUCUAGUCAGCGUCACUCCGUAAACAACCAAGCAUUCAUUGAUAAUUUUCGAAAGAUUGAAAACUGCUUGAACAGUUUUUUUUUUGUUCCGAAUUUUAUUCUUGAAAAAUAUAAGUUCACUGAUGAAUUUUCUAGAAACAAAUAAAGGAAAAAAAAGAGUUUCUUUAGUUUUUUUGUGAGGAUAAUUUUUCUAGACGAGGAUGUGCUGGAUACGUGGUUCUCAUCGGGAAUGUGGCCUUUCGCCAUUUUCGGUUGGCCCGACAACACGGCCGACAUUCAAUCUUUCUUCCCUUCAAACGUUAUGGAAACCGGUGAGUUUUUCCGUGUUCGAAAUACUCGCGAAAAGUUCGAAUGACCAGAAAAUGGUAGCGCAAAGGAAAGGAUAAUUAAAUGUUGCUGCCUUGUAUCAAAAAGGUUCCUUUUAUUAGCCAUUUGAAUUUUUUUCGGGAAUCAUAGAGGAAUAAAGGGUGAAAAUAAAAGAGAAAUCGAAAAAUGAUGAAUAAGAGUUGAUGGGAAAGCGUAAAAAAGGAGCUGUUUUUCUACCCUUUUAGGCUUCAUUCCAGAAAUUUAAAGAGAAUGAAGACUUAAAAUUAAGGCGCCAGGAUCUAAAUCAGUUAUAGAUUUUUGAAAAACCCAAAAAAAGAACCCCUUUACAAGAUUUUUGUUUUUCUGAAUUUAUAAAGGCUGAAAAAAUGGUAGAAAAAUGAAGAAAGACAGCAAAAAUUGUACAUAAAAGCUGAUUAAACGGCGUGAUAAGUAGCAUAAACGAACCUUUUUCCACCUUUUGAAAGGCUUAGAUUUUGCUUAGAUGUGGACAAAAAUGAACAUUAAACAGGUCACGAUAUCCUUUUCUUCUGGGUUGCUCGCAUGGUGUUCAUGAGCCAGGAAUUGACCGGAAAGUUGCCAUUUACGGAGGUUUCAGAACUUUAAUUCGAAUUCUUCAAACUUUCUCUUCUUUUAGGUCUUAUUACACGCAAUGAUCCGAGACGCCCAUGGCCGGAAAAUGUCCAAAUCUUUAGGAAACGUCAUUGAUCCUCUUGACGUCAUUCGGUUCGUUUCAGGGGAAUUUUUGAGCGGAAAUGGGUCCGAAUCGUUUUCAAGUGGGAAAAUUCACAAAAAAGCAUAUUUUCCUAUUAUAUUUUGCUCAUUUGGAGGCGGUUCUUCUAUGAAAAAGUCUGUUCAGGCUUUUGUGCUUUUGUAUCUUUUUAAAACUAAUUAUCACUCUUUUUUUGAAGAAAUGUUUUUUUGUUUGAAAGACUAUUUCCUCCAUCAAGUACUGAUGUACAUCCUUGAGGCUCAAAAACAGGAAAAAAAAAGCUUUGACAAAAAAAAACAAUAAUCUCUUUAUUCGUCAUUCCGAUGUUCAGAGGUGUCACCCUGGAAGGUUUGCAUCAGCAGCUCAUCUCAGGAAAUCUUGAUGCAAAAGAGAUCGAAGUGGCGAAAGCCGGACAAGCCAGAGACUACCCUGAGGCAAGUAGAAAACUUUUCUCAGCAAGAUCCAACUUUUAGAAAAAUUAAUAUGACGUGACAGGGAUCUCGUUCUCUGAAAUUUUGUGAUCUUUCCAGGUCUGAGUGAAAGAAAGAUUCUUUAUAGCCUCAACCUGCUCAAAUUCCUACUUUUAAAGAUAAUAACUUUCGAAGUUGUCUGUUACCGCUUUUAGGCCUCAUUUUGUUUUUUCUCUUUAAAAAGUCAUAGCUUCCAUAUGAAAAAUAUAAAAGUUUGCCCAUUCGCGUGAGGAAAAAAAAAUUUAAGGGCCUAUAAUUGGAUGAAGUUCGACGUAGUUUCAACGUGGAAAUUUUUUUCAUGUUCAUUGAAAAUUUCCUCAAUGUCAAGCUUGAGAUUUGUACAUGAGACUUUUGCCAUGAAAAUGCGGAUCCAAAACGACUAUAAUUAGUUUUUCAGGGAAUCCCCGAAUGUGGAACGGACGCGCUGCGAUUCGCCUUGCUGGCCUACACGAGUCAGGGACGCGACAUCAACCUCGACGUUUUGCGCGUCCAGGGAUACAGAUUCUUCUGCAACAAGGUCCUUUCCGCAAUGAAAAACUUGUCGAGUUUUUAUCAAUUCCUACGACUUAUUUAUGAUUUUUGGUGGUAUGAAUUGAAGUUCAGCAACUUUUUCCACGAAUCCUUUUCCCGCGUUCUCCAAGAAAAAUCGUUUAUAAUUUCAUUAGAAAAUUGUCAAAUAAACGCCUAUUUUUGAGAAUGAAAGACUGCCCUGAAUGAUUUUUUUUUAUCUUUGCAGAUUUGGCAAGCCGUUCGAUUUGCCCUGAAGCAGUUCGAAGGCGUUGAGGCGGAGUACGGAAAAAUUGUAUGUGACACUCCAUUUGACUGCGAACUUAAUCUUUGAUUUUUAGCCCCAAGGAUCGCUCUCGACAAUAGACCAAUGGGUCUUGUCGCGACUAUCGUACGCCGUCCGCGAAGUCACCCGCGGGUUGAACGAAUUCGUAUUCACUCAGGUUAUCUAAAGUCCUCUAUAGAUGAUAAAUUCAUUCAAAUGUCAAAAAUCAAGUUUCCGAAGAGAUCUUCUUCGAAAUUAUAAUGUAGUCCGUUUACCGUGACUCGAAAGGGCGGAACAUCUCUGCGCUCUCCUCGUCUCUCGGCGGUCCUCUCAUUUUAACCUGACGUUUUCAUUUUUCUCUGAAUUCGCAGAAGAGGGAACAGAGAGACGCAGACACUCGAAAAGUGUCAAGAACGGACUGUAGUUCGCACCUCUGUCAAAAAAGGACGUUUUUGCGCACAAAUUUUGUUCAUGAUCUCUGUUGAAAAACCCCUUAAAAGCUUUCAAAGCAAGUAUUUGUUGAGAAGUAGGAAUUUUGCCUACUUUAGCCAAGCAAGUUUUCAUCAUAGUUAUUUCAACCUUCUUUAAUUUUUUUCUGAACAGUUUGCGAAUUUUCCUAGUAUAUCUGGUCCACGGCUGGCCUGAGCCAUCAAAAGAUGGGUCUUGAGACGGUAAUAAAAGAGAGAGUACCUGGCUGGUGGAGAGCGCAGACAGGCCACGCCUCUUAGCUUUCCAAGCCACCCGUGAACCGGCUCUUCAGUCUUUGGAUUGAUUAAUCAACUUUUUUGAGUGUAUCUGGAGUGCUUCUAUCACUAUUUGUUUUAUCUUUCAUUAGAUUCUACCGACCCUUAUUUACAGGCCGUGAUUUUAAUGAUAAAAUGAUUAAAGGAUAUGGAAAAUGUUUCAGGCGACGACCGCGAUUUACAACUUCUGGCUGUACGACUUCUGCGACGUCUACAUCGAGGGAAUCAAGUCGGUUCUCUACGGAGGUACUUGAGGACUCCCCGACAAAAUGAAUGAAGACGUCUUCAGAGGACCUGGAAGCCAAGAAAACGACGCUCUCCGUCCUUCACUCGUGCGUCGACAACGGCCUUCGUCUCCUCUCGCCGAUGAUGCCCUUCAUCUCGGAAGAGCUCUGGCAAAGGCUUCCCAAGGCCCACAAUUCGUCGCCGUCCGUCAUGGUCGCUUCGUUCCCUUCUGAGACCCAGGUACUGACCAAAACUUGUUUUUUGAAUAUCAUUGCUCCCUACUAGUUUUCUUUUAAAAAAAAAAAGUCAUGGAUUCAAGUAUCUUCUUUAUUGUCCUUCUACUGUUUUGAAAAAUUUGAAACAUAUCAAAAACCAGAUUUCAUAACUUAUUUUUGCAGUUCUCCCAUGAAAACAAGAACCUCGAGACGACCUUCGAGUUCGCCAAAGAGAUCGUUGGCAAAGUCCGAUCUCUACGUGCCGAUUACGACUUGACCAGCAAGACAAAGAUCAACCGUUAGUAGCCAAACUGAAGCAGGAAUCAUGGCGUUUUUUAGUGCAUAUCCUUGUCGAGUCUGCUGAAGACCUGGCAGCCUUACAAAGCGUCAGCGCCCUUGUUAGCACACUCACUUGGAGCAAGUCGGUACGUCCGAUUUGCGGGUUUUUGAAAAAGGACUUCCGAAAAAGACAUUUCAGACAGUUAUAGAAAUAAAUUAGAGAAAAAAAUUGAUCCCGAUCUGAUCCGACCAAGAAGCUGAGCUCACAGCUGGGCACCGGGUGGCUUAGAUUUUUUUAAAAUCUUAUUUCGAAUCCCAGAUUGAAAAAAAGUCUCGGCGCUCUUUUUAAUUAUUAAUUAUUUAGAAAAAAAUAAAAGGAAACUUCAUGUUGAUCAAGUCUGAAGCAAGAAAUAUAGUACAGAAAGCUAAAAUAUCAAUAUGCAUAAAGUUUUUAAAAUUAGAACUUCUUAAAAAGCCUACACAACAUCCUACUUUUGGAGAAGAGUCGCCUAAAUUUCUAAAAAACCAUAGAAAGUUGAUAAAAUAUGUUUUUUAAAACUUGUUUUGAUCCCUUGUUUCUCGAAAACUAGAAAUUAGUCUCAGGAUCGUUAUCUGGUUCAUCAAAACGUGUUUAAGCCAGUUUUCAGACCACCGCAUAAUUUAAUGACCUUAUGAGACAAUUAUUUUGACCCAUACAGGUUCACAUCGUCGGUCCAGAAGACGCGAGUACGAUUCCUCACGGCUGUGCCCAAGUCGCGAUGGGCAAGCGAUGUCGCGUCUUCGUCGACCUGACCGGCAUCAUCGACGUCGCCAAGGAGAUCGAGAAGCUGUCGGCGAAACUCGGCCGCAACGAGAUCGCCGUCCGCAAGAUUGUCGAAGGCCAGAACGUCGCCGACUACGAGAAUAAGGUGCCCCUCGGCGUGAGGACCAAGGACCAAGAGAAGGUGACCUCACCUGAAGCCUUACCUGUAACAGUUUCCCACUUUCAGAAGUUGGCUCUGGAGAAAGAGAUCGAGAACAUCACUGAAGCUAUCAAUCAACUACGACUGCUCCAGUCUUCAUAAUAAAUUUUUUUCGCUUUAAAGUUCGUUAUCUAGUGCCUUUUUCGGUGAUUUUCGAAUGGUUAUCCAAUUGUUUUCAUUUAUCCAACUUUGUUGCAGAUUUGAACUGUUAUUUCUAACUGAUAAAUUAUUUAUUGAAUAGUUGAAUUGUUAAAUGAGAAGUAUAUGCAUCACUCGAUUACCGAAAUAUGAAAAUAAGAAAAGCGUUUUCACGACUUUCUUUCUCGAUUCACUGCUGAUGCAUAGAAAAGUGAUAAGAUAAUUAUUUUUUUUUCUGAAAAAGGAAAAAAAAGCUCGUUUUGAUCUCUAAAACGUAAUUUAAGGUCCUUUUUAACGAUUUCCGGAAGAUUUUCAGUGGUCACUUUAGGGUUUUGACGUUUUGGUGGUCACUAUAGUAGUCGAAUCAGUGACCACUGGAGUGACUAAAAUUUAGUGACCUCCUUAGAAGUCUAGUGGCACUAAUAGACCACAAAAAACUACUUCAGGGGCCACUAAGACGCAGAAUUGUAGCUUCUUUAGGGUUCAGUGGCCAUUUUAGUGUCCUCUCCAAGAAGUCCUUAAAGAGCUCUUAAGUGGCUACUAGCGUUUUCCCCAGAGAAGGCAAAAAAAACUAUCAACGUCUGAAUCUCCGUUAUUUACACGCUGUUUCUGUUAAGACUUUUUUUUUCAAUGAAUGAAAUUUUAGCUCCAUCCGCGAUGGAUCGAGAAAAAGAGAAAAAAAAAGAACAAAACUAAUAAACUAAGAGAAAAAUCUACGGGCAGAAAAAAAGAACUAAUUUCCUGCGAGCCCAUCAGACGGCAAUCGCCAAAAUGGCUCGGCCAAUUGGAAAGCUGCCAAUUUCGCAGCUAUCAGGGCGAAAAAAGGGAACGAGAGCGGCAGGGCUCAUCGAUUGCCCGCCCGCGUCACGUUUUGGCGAUGGCUCCUCGGAAGACGGGAGGCGAGAGAGCGUGCGUCCCGUGGAGCGUCGUCAGAAAAGCCACCGGAGGGGCUGACGACGUCGCAGAAGCGUCGACGGCGACCUCAUGGGCGACUACGACUACCUCAUCAAGUUCCUCGCCCUCGGCGAUUCCGGCGUCGGAAAGACGUCCUUCCUCGUGAGUUCCCCCUCAAUAAUUCAACGGUAUCGAGUCCGUCCGUUCGCGUUCCAAUGAGUCUGAGGAAGGGCAAAAUGUCGGAAUUCGAUGAAGUUUUGUAGUAAAAUGAUCAGCGUACUUCAAUUUUGGUUCUUUUUUUUUACGGAGUUUUUCGUAUAAAAUCGCACGAGUAAGUUUGAAAAGUUAAGUUGAAAAAUUUCGAAUCCUCUUUACGCGUUUCGGCAAGUCUAAGAGAGUUCGAAAAUAUCAGAAUUCGAUGAAAUUUUGUACAGAGAUCCGAAAUUGUCAGCAUACAUUCUGCGUUUAAAAAUUACGAAAGAAAGUUUGAAGAAUAAAAAAAUAAAUUUCUUGAACUUUGUACAUUAAACAAUUUUUAUACCUUCGUUCGCGUUCCGAAAAGUCUAAGGAAGUCCAAAAAAUAUCAGAAUUCAAUGAAAUUUUGUAUAGGUAUCCGAAAUUCUCGUCAGUCUUUAACUGGAGGAGGAAGGGAGUUUUAGUAAACUACAUAGGAAAGUUUGAAGAAUGAAUUUCAACUAUACGAAUCUUCCGCUUGCUUUUUUUUUCGCUCGGAUAUUCUGUUCCAGGAUUCAUUUUUUUUUAAAAUCACAUUUAUGCCCUUUAGUUGGGUUCUGAGACCCUACUUUUUCUCCAGUGCAAUGGUAAAUUUUCAGGCUUUGAGCAACUUGACUAGGCAAACAGAAAAUUUGAACUACCAGAACAGUCUUUAAUUGGGCAUUUUCAGCACCGCUACACUGACAACACCUUCACUGGCCAGUUCAUUUCAACGGUUGGAAUCGAUUUCAAAGAGAAAAGAGUGGUCAGUCGAGUUUCUUUUCAGAUUUAUUCAAUUUAUUUUCUCUAACAAAAUGAUGGUGUAACUCUCAGUGCACCCCGAUAAAAAAGAACAUUUUUUUGAAGGUUUGAGACAUUUUGUUAUUCAGGUCUACAAAAGUGCUCGAGGAGGCUUCGGAGGCCGGGGACAACGGGUUUUGCUGCAACUAUGGGACACGGCUGGCCAGGAAAGGUGAAAUAAUAAUUGUUUUAUUCACUAUUUCAUAUCAAAAGUAUAAAAUAGUACAUGGUAAAAUAAAUAGACAUUGAAAAGUGUGCAUAAGAAUAAGAUUAAAGAAGAAAAAAAAACUCCCCUAGUAGGUCUUGAUAACUUUUGCGCUCCAAAGCUCGAAAAAGACCUAACGCAAGAAAAUUUCUUGUUUUCUAAAGUUAGUAGGGUACAUUUCAGUCAAGUUUCAUCAGAAAAAAGCAAAAAUAUUUCAUUUUUUACGGUUUCACUCACAGAGUAGCAGUAGAGACGUUGAAAUUAAACCUAAAAAGUCAAUAUAUUCCAUAAAAAGAACUAUAUUAGAGUUUUUUUGAAAAUAAGCUCUAGGUUCAUCAAUUUUUAUUUCAUUCAAAACCUGAGGAGAAAAAUUCACUUUCCGCAUGAAAAUUGGUGACUAGAGCAAAAAAAUUUUAUAUCAAUCUAAUGUUAUAAUAGUGAAAGACGUAAUAUAAAUAAUUCUCAUUUCUAACCGGCUAACCUAAUUUUUUUGGAAUGAAGAGUUUGAAAAAGACGUUUUCUAAAAACUUUUUUUCUGCAGAUUCCGGAGCCUGACGACGGCUUUCUUCCGCGAUGCGAUGGGCUUCAUUCUCAUCUUCGACAUCACCAACGAACAAUCUUUUCUCAACGUCCGCGACUGGCUUUCUCAGCUCAAGGUUUCUUUUUGAUUCUCUGAAUUCAUGAAGAAAAUCAAAACCUUGUAAGUUUUUUUAUAUUACUACAAGUUCCGCAGGCUUAUAUUCAGCUUUGAAAAUGAGAAAAUCUUACUGUAAGUACAAAAAAAAAGUUGUUUUACGCAAGCCGUAUUCCAUUCAUAACUUUUUCAUCUAAUUAGAGAUCGUUUUUUUGGGCGAAUUUGGGGAGAAAAAAAUUUUUUCGUGAACCUUGAACUUUUUUUUUACAAUUUUGAUUAAAAACUCUUUUAGAUAAAGCUAUCUGCAAAAAUGUUUUAAUUUCCAGAUGUGAUUUUCCUAAAUCGCGAAACAUUUUGUCAGAUCUGAAUCUGAGGUAAAAGGAAGCUUUUAAAAUCCUCCGAAAUCUCCAACAAAUUUUUUUUUAAUCUCAAGAAAUCUCCAAGAAACUCCAAAAAAUCUGCGGAAAUCUCUAAAAUCUCCAGAAAAAAGCUUUAGCGAGUGCCGAAUAUGAGGCUGGUUCAUCUAGACAUUCAGAAAAUUUUGGAAAACUUUGAAACUUUACACCGAAAUAAUCUCCCUUUUCAGUUACACCACAAUUUUUUCAUCCAUUCCUCUUCCUAUAAGGCAUAAAUCUGUUCCAGGUUCACGCCUACUGUGAGACGCCCGACAUAAUAAUCUGCGGGAACAAGGCGGACCUCGAGAACCGACGUCAAGUCAGCACCGCCCGAGCCAAGCAACUCGCCGAUCAACUCGGGUGGGAAUUCUUAGAGUGGUCCCUAGAGGGUUAGGGAAAGUCUCUAUUUUGGACAAAAUAGUGUUCCUCAGUAGAGUUCAUGGUCUGACCCACAAGCCUCUAAAGCCUAAAUGACUUCUAAAGGGUCGAUUUUUCGAUUUUUUGUGAAGCUUGUAGCUUUUUUCAUCAGGCCUUUAAAUAUUAAAAAUUCUGAUUUCAACACAAUUUUUGCGUUGUAGCGUGACAGAACAGCAUGGGUUUUUCACCUGCUCUGAAGCCUGAAAUUAGGUUUUGAAUAAUUAAUUUCCAAAUUUUUUUUGUUGAUUGGUUAACUGUCUGCAACUUUUUCACCCUAAAAAUAAAACAACAAAAAAACGAAAAUUACAAUAAAAUCAUGUAACGAAGUUUCGCAGACCAAAAUUUGUUGCUUAAAAAUUCUAUUUUUUUUUCUUCUCACGGGUUUUUGGCAACCACUUGUUUUCGCGGAGAUUUCAUUCAUGUUUUGCCAGAUUUGGUGAACAUUGAAUAUAUUCAACUAUACAGAGAGACUUCUUUCGAAGAUUCUAGAAUUUUUAAAGCUGAUGCGCACCCAAAAAAGGGUCGAUACGUAGUGGCUUUGAGGCCGUUUUUAGCUUGCGACCCGUCGUUGAGCUCGACAGAUUUAUUCUUGGAUAUUAUAAAAAAUCAAUAAGUAACUUGGUUCAACCUUGAACUCGCAAGUAAGAGAUGGAGGUCCUGAAAAACUUCGAUAAGAUGUCCGAGAAAGUGGACUCAAAGCCUCCAAAUCGAAUUUAAUGGUGUUCACUAUAUUCGAGCCUUUUUUUUUUUGCUAAAGCCCGAAAAGUGCAGAUUGAUCAUUCCAGGUUCCCCAGCGGACUCAUCAAUCAUUUUCUUACUCGAAGUUUUCCACAAAAAAUUUUAAAACUACUUAGAAGCAUGUGGAAAUUUAAAAAUUGGUUUUUAAACUGCAAUUAUGAUAUAAUUUUUCUUUUGAUUCCGAUUACUUAAAUUUCAUUAAACUUCCCUGAAAACCUGAAAGGUAGUAAGACCGUGCAGUUAUUAUUCAUUUAAAUUUAUUUUUAAAAAUACAAACAAGCGAAUAUCCAAAACGCUCAGAUCAAGCUGUUUUUUAAUCUGAAAUGGAUUCGCCUUGAAAAUGGAGAAUCUUGAAAACCCAUAUUCCGUAACUUUUAAAUUUGAAACCUCUUGCGCAGGAAGGGGCCGUAUGUGAGUUCAACUCCAGUCCAUCAAAGAUUCUUUGAGUGAAUUUACCGAAAAUUUCAGAAGCCCAGCUAGGAGGAUUUAUAGGAAAGAUGGUUUUUGAAAAAUCAGUUCUUGUGUCAUCUUUCAUUUAUCGAUUUUUCAUUGACAGCUUUUCCUUUUGAUUGAAAUGAAUUAUAAAUAUUAUUAUAGUUCAAAAUGAGAAGCAGGAAGGAACUGUUUGAAAGGAUCCUUGCAGACUGCCGUACUUCGAGACGUCGGCGUGCACGUCGACGAACGUCGAGAAGGCGGUCGACUGCCUCCUCGACCUGGUCAUGCAGCGGAUCCAGCAGAGCGUCGAGACGUCGGGCUUGCCCCUCUCAGGUAGACGCCUUGUCGCCGCCGGCUCCCGUUUUUAGCCCACGCAGGUCCCUAUUCAGAAUGUCGCGGUGUGAGCCUCGAGAACGAAGCGCCGCCCACCUCGUCCUACUGUUCCAACUGCUAGUUCUACGUUUAUUUUUCUUCUCUAACUUCAGGUCAGUUUUUAUUUUUUUUUUUUAAUUAUUUGAUCGAUUUUAAACAUUAUAGCCUCUCUUUUUGAUAGAUUUUUGAAUCCAUAGAGUGAUCACUAGAGGAGUUAGAGAAAAAAUCUUGUAUACUGGACAAAAAUAUUUCUGCCAAAAAAACUGAAAUUUAGAGGUCCCUUUAGAAUUUCAGGCACUGACUUCUAAACUCCUAAAGCUUUAUUUUCCCACUCGCUUGAGUAUGAGGAGUGUUAUGAAUUGUUAAUAAACGUAGAAUCCUUUUUUCAUCUUUAUUCUCAAAAUAAUCUUCAGACCAGAUCCAAUCUGCAUUAUUGUCCUACAUAGUUCAGAAAUACACCAAUAUUGGUUUUUAAAUUGUACUGAACCUUUUUUUGGUUAUUAGAAAUAUUUUUGAACUUUAGAAACUCAAGGCUCAUAAAAAAAUUAACCUUUUUUUCAUUUUCUACGACUUUUUCCUCGUUUAAGGUCCAUUUCGAGUUGAAAAUGGAUGAAUGAAGAUUUUCAGUUCACACUCGCGGGCAAAGUCCAAAAAGUCUCAAAAAGGACUUUCGGAAAAAGCCUUUUUCUGAAAAGGACCUUUUACGAAAGUGUAAAAAAAGGCGAAAAAAGGGUGGAAAAAAGGAGAUUCCGAGAAACUUUUGACACCUUUUUAGGAACUCAAAAAGGAGCUUCAGGCUCUUCUUUUCAAGACCUUUUUGAGGUCCUUUGGUCUUCGCCUGUGCUGUCACAAUCUAACAUUUGACGCCGAUAGAAGAGUUUUUUUUAACUAAAUUUUUUCAGGAGCAACCGAUCUCAUCCAGCACCAAAAGAAGCUCAACAUCUCUACUUUGAGCCAUUUUUUCCACCAUUACUUUGUAAUCUUGUUUCUAAUUCUCAAUAAGAUCCCCGUUUCCAUUUCCAUAUCUUUUUCUAAGAUUAAUUAUAUCAGAGCGCUUAAUUUUCAAAAAAAAAAAAAAACCGAAAUCGUUAUCAGCGCAAUGACAUUGGUCUGAAAUCUAACGGUCACCCGUCUCAAUAGUUGAAAUAAAUUCAAUAUUUGGCCUUACAACUGUCCUAUCUUACGUCGAAGACGUCCUUGAAGAAAAAAAGAAAGAUAUUUGCUUGAAGAUAUGUUCGUUUGCGAUAGUUAUUCUGAUAUAACCUGUCUUCCACAUAUCGCUUUUCGUGUUAAUAAAAAUAUUGAACGGAAAGUUUGAAACAUUGCGAAAUCGUUUUGGAGCGGAGAAGUGUCCCUUUCAAAGUACGCUAUUUAACUUUCUCUGACUGUCUGCUGUUUGAUAAGCCUGCACUCCUGGCUUAUAAACUUUCUGAUUUUCUAACUAGAAUCUAUCUCACAGGUUUAUUUGAAAAAUGAUUCACGGUUAAUCAUUUUGGAACAGAAAAUAGUCCAGUUGAUUGUGGCGGUCAAACAAUUGGCAAUUGAUAUCAUAAAGGGAAAAUAUUUCGAAAAAACUAGGUCUGUUUGUUUAUGUCGUUUGUGGGUUUUUCGGCGUUUAUUUAUUAAGUAAAGCAAAAUAUGGAGAGUUAUAGGAAUGGCGACCGAAUACUUGAUGAAGGUCAUUCAAUGGGAAGAAAUUGACAAAUUCCUGCCAAAAGACGAAAAACGCGAGAUUCGAAUGCUUUCGGGCGGGGUAUUUUUUCCUUAUUUUCCAAGAAAAAUCUCUGUAGCGAACGCUGGACGUUUCUGAGCGCUUCUCGGGUCCACUUGAGAGUUCUUGAGUUAAUAAAGUGGUCACUAAAAUGCUCGGACAAGUCUGAAUCGCGUCCAGUUGUCGUUACCAAGGAUCUAGACAAUAUUCGAUACUUUUUUCAGUAUUCUGGAGCCGAUAUCCUCGAAAUAUCUCCAGUCGAUCACCAAUUUCCCAGUUAUAUUUUGAAGGUUUAGCCAUAUCGCUCCAAGUUUUAAAAAUAAAACUUUCAAGGUUACUAGAGCAGGCCAUGAAGCUCAUCUGAAUCCAGAAGGGGAAUCCUUGAACCUGGCCCCCGAAAAAUUCAAGAGAAAAGACAGAAGACGACGAAUCGUGAGCACCACGAAAUUAUUCUGAUUUUUGGUACUUUUCAAGUUCCACAAUAACGAGCGCAUUAUUUUGAAACAUCUGGCGGGAGGAGAGAAAAAGGAAAGUUUUUUGGAGACGUCCAUGCCCAGGGUAAGGAUAUCUCAAGAAGAAGAAACAUUCUAAGGUCCCAUUUCAGAUGAUAGCUUCCAAUGAACUAAACUCCGAACAGAAUAUCGGUUGGAUCUUGAUGGAAAAGUUUGAAAACGUUUUUUUCCACGACACUUGCGACUAUCCAACUGAAACGCAAAUCAAUAAAGUUUGUACCCAAAAAAAAAGCUGCAAAAAAGGUGUUUUCAGGCUCUGGAAUGGCUCUCCACUUUUCAAUGUUCAAUCGGAAGGAUUCCCUUGGAAGAUAGGAAAAGCCUUCACAUUAAACCCUUUUUUGGGGACACCAUUCCCUUUGAUAUCAGAAAAGUUUGAUUUUUUGGCUUUGAAAAACUAAAUCAUGCAGGUUCGAAAUGACCUUCGUCUAUUUGGUGGAAAUUAUCCGGAUGAUUUGGAAGAAGACGUGGAAAAGGCAAGGGAAAUCGUGGGGCUGUUUGAUGAAGAAUAUUUGACAAAAAUAACGAGAAUAUUGGAAAUGAAUGGUUAGAAUUUUAUUCUGAACCUAUACGCAGCGUAAAUUAGCUUAAAAGCAGAUGAAAUCGAUUAUUUUUCACGCGAAAUUGCGAUCUUGAAGGCUAAAAAUGUUCAAAAAAAGUUUUCAUUUUCGUUUUGAGAAGAUUUACGCUGCGUAAAUGUCCAUAAAAAUGACCUCAGAAAUUUCCAAGGAAAAUUUUCAGGCGGCAAAAAUCUUCUUUGCCACGGGGAUUUCUAUACGCGAAACCUAGCCUUCGACCAGAAAAAUGGCGCUUUGAAAUACGUUUUCGAUUAUCAGGUUUUUCACGCCUCUCAAAAGGAUACGAAAAGAUUUUUUUCUAGAACGUGUUCAUUGGAAAUCCAGCCUUGGACUUUUUGAGCGUGGCCUGCGACUUUUUGACGAGUACUAUGAGAAGGACAAGUUUACGCGGGAUGGCUCAAAGUUUUCAUUCGAGGCUACAGAAAAGCGAGGAAAUUGAAGUCCCUUCAUUUAGUCAGGUUAGCGUAGGAACAGUUUUGAUUGAUACUUUGAGUGAAGUUUUUCACAAGGAAGGAUUUUUUCGCACUCAAAAUUUUCUGGAAACACCAGUCGAAUGGAACAUUAUGGAACUUUGAGGCGUUCUUCUUUUUAAAACUUCUGUCUUUUUGAGCUAUGCCGGAAAAAAAAAGUUUGCAGUUCUGGAAAUCCGUUAUUUUUCUGGCACCGAUCCAAUGUGCCUUCCAGGCCUACUGUAACGGUUUACAAUGGGACGACAUUCUUCAAAGAGCCACUGAUGAAGGGGUUUUCUCAACCAUUUCUUCCGAAACUCCGCCCCUUUUUCAGGCCAACAAGCGACUGAUCGAAAAAACCAGAGGUCUUUUGUCUGACAUGCAGUUCUUUCACGAGCAACAACAUCUGAUAACAGAAUGA